AUGCUGUUGCCAUGUCAUGUGAUGUUUCGACUGUGUGGUUCACAUAUAUCAACUAUUAAUUGGAAACGUAGCUCAGCAGCUUUACCCAAACCAAGCGUGGUAAGAAACAGAAUCUCGUUAGGUUUUGCAAAAGCCAAAGAACCAAAAAGUGUCGAAAACCGACUGAAGUUAGUGAUCAGACCUUCUCCUGAAGAUGGAUGGUAUUUAAUGGAAAACAGUGGCCUUUUUAAGUCGUAUUUACAACUCUCAAAAGCAAGGCUUACAGCAAUGGUAACUGUGACAGCUAUUACUGGUUUUAUCAUGGCUCCAGUUGAUUUCUCUCUGACUUCAUUAUUGGCAUGUUCUUCGGGUACUGCACUGUUGAGUGCAUCUGCAAACACUUUCAAUCAUUUACUAGAAAUACCAUAUGAUGCACAAAUGAAAAGGACUCAAAGUCGAUUGCUAGUUAUUCACAGGCUUAUAAAAGUAAUUGAAUUUUGGGAUGUUAGAGAUUAUUUCAUAAUAUGCUUUGUUCGUGUCUACAAGUUCAUCAUGAAAAAAUUUAGAUUUCCAGUCAUUCAUGCUGUUAGCUUUGCAAUAUUGGCAGCAGCAGUUGGAGUUACGACACUCUGGAUUGGUUGUAAUCCAUUAACAUCAGGCAUUGGGUUACUAAAUGCGUUUUUGUACACAGGCGUAUAUACUCCAAUGAAACGUUAUAGCGUAGGAUGCACAUGGGUCGGAGCAGUGGUAGGUGCUUUGCCACCUUUGAUGGGCUAUGCAGGUGCAACGGGAUCUAUUGGACCUGCAUCGUUAGUGUUGGCCUCUCUAUUGUAUUGCUGGCAGUUUCCACACUUUAAUGCAUUAAGUUGGAAUCUACGUGCUGAUUACACUCGAGCUGGUUAUCGGGUCAUGUGUGCAGUUGAUCAAAAGCUUUGUCGUUUGACCUCUCUCAGGCAUUCAGUGGCUCUUUUAUUACUUUGCUCGUUGGGUGCACCUUCCACAGAUCUAACGGAAUGGUUUUUUGCAGUGGCAUCACUUCCGCUCAAUGGAUUGCUGCUUUACCUUUCGUAUAAAUUUUACCGACAUCCUGAUGCGAAAACUUCGAGGACCUUAUUUUAUUAUACUCUUCUGCACCUCCCUUUAAUUAUGAUGCUGAUGGUAAUAAGCAAAUUUGGCGAUAGUCAGGAUGCUCUUGAAUAA